UCUGCUCUUGUAUUUAUCCUUCCAUCUAGAUUUCUCUUAUAUUUACCCUUACAUCUAGGUCUGCUCUUGUAUUUACCCUCUUUCUCUGCUCUUGUAUUUAUCCUUCCAUCUAGAUUUCUCUUAUAUUUACCCUUCCAUCUAGGUGAGUGAAAAUCAUUUCCAGCGUUUUCUCUUAACCCUAUUUCCUCUUUUUCCACAAACGAUUGCACAGAUCUUCUAGGAUUUCAUUUCUUCUUGGAUUGAACUCGUUUCUCUUUUACUUGGUGCUGGUAUCUGCAAAUUCUGCCGUAAUUUCAACGAUUUGGGUAUCAGAUCUGCAGAUUUGGAGGAGAAAAAAUGCCAGGGGGAGGAUUUCGGGUGCUACAUCUUGUCAGACCAUUUUUGUCGUUCUUGCCUGAGGUUCAAAGUGCAGAGCGCAAAGUUCCCUUCAGGGAGAAGGUCCUGUACACUGUGAUUUCUCUGUUCAUCUUUUUAGUAUGCAGUCAGUUGCCUCUCUAUGGAAUACACUCAACCACUGGUGCAGAUCCAUUUUAUUGGAUGCGUGUGAUUCUUGCAUCAAAUCGUGGAACUGUUAUGGAGCUUGGAAUCACCCCAAUAGUCACUUCAGGUUUAGUGAUGCAACUAUUGGUUGGUUCAAAGAUAAUUGAGGUUGACAACAGUGUGCGUGAAGACCGUGCUCUUAUGAAUGGUGCGCAGAAGUUGUUGGGUAUCCUUAUAGCCAUCGGAGAGGCAGUGGCUUAUGUUUUAUCUGGAAUGUAUGGUAGUGUCGGCCAACUCGGUGCAGGGAAUGCCAUCCUCAUAAUCCUUCAGCUCUUCUUUGCUGGUAUCAUCGUCAUUUGCUUGGAUGAGCUUCUUCAGAAAGGAUAUGGUCUUGGUUCUGGCAUCUCUCUCUUUAUUGCCACCAAUAUCUGUGAAAAUAUCAUUUGGAAAGCAUUUAGCCCCACAACCAUCAACAGUGGAAGGGGAGCUGAAUUUGAGGGUGCUGUCAUUGCCUUGUUCCAUCUUCUGAUAACUCGAACUGACAAAGUCCGUGCCCUUCGAGAGGCUUUCUAUAGGCAGAACCUUCCAAAUGUGACAAACUUGCUUGCCACUGUGUUGGUCUUCCUUAUUGUUAUCUACUUCCAAGGAUUCCGUGUUGUUUUACCUGUGAGGUCAAAGAAUGCACGUGGACAGCAAGGAUCAUAUCCUAUUAAGCUCUUCUACACUUCCAACAUGCCUAUUAUUCUACAGUCUGCUCUUGUUACCAAUCUCUACUUCAUUUCUCAGUUGCUUUACAAGAAGUACAGUACUAAUUUCCUUGUGAACUUGUUGGGCAAGUGGAAAGAAUCUGAAUAUUCAGGUGGCCACUUUAUUCCUGUUGGUGGUCUAGCCUACUACAUUACAGCACCCUCAAGCUUGGCUGAUAUGGCUGCCAAUCCGUUCCACGCGUUGUUUUAUAUUGUGUUUAUGCUGUCGGCCUGUGCGUUGUUCUCCAAAACUUGGAUAGAAGUGUCUGGAUCUUCUGCUAGGGAUGUGGCUAAACAGCUGAAGGAGCAACAAAUGGUGAUGCCUGGUCAUAGAGAAUCAAACCUGCAGAGGGAGUUGAAUCGUUACAUUCCCACUGCUGCUGCUUUUGGGGGUAUGUGUAUUGGUGCCUUGACUGUAUUGGCAGAUUUCAUGGGAGCAAUUGGUUCAGGGACGGGGAUCCUUUUGGCCGUUACCAUAAUUUAUCAGUACUUUGAGACCUUUGAGAAGGAGAGAGCGAGCGAGCUCGGUUUCUUCGGUUUCUAAAGAUGCUGAAGUGUGGUUAUCUUUGUGUUUGUUCGGUGUUCUUGUGAGGAAGCUCAUUGGAAUUUUUGGUGAGAGGUAACAUAGCAAACCACCCCCCCGCUUUCUCUCACACCUUUUCUCUAUGAAAAGAGGUUCAGGCUUAGUGUGUAGUGACUGACAAACUGUUUGAUUCUCUUUUAUGCGAUGAAUUUAUGCGAUGAAGAGGGAAACCCGGAAUGAAGAUAUUUUUGUAUUUCCAAUCAGACUAGAAGAUGUUAUUAUGCAAGGCCAAUACUUUCACCAUACUUGGGAUUUUGUUUCUUAGCUCUGCUGCAGCCUAAGCUGACUUUUCAUUUCUCUUUUCAUAUUACUUAAAUUUUGACAAAGGUCUUGGUUUUCUAAUGCUAUGCAGCUCAAGCUGUAAUCCUCUUGGGUCCAUAUCUGUGCAAUUCUUUUCAUUUUGUAGACCAUUUCACAAUAAUCAGAGUUCUUAUUUGAUGAAUUAA